CUUUUAUGAAAUGAAUGAAAGUAUAGUCCAUGUCUAUGGUUUAUUCUUAUUAUUGUCAACAUGUCGGACAAUGAAGACUUGUUAGGUGACGAUUUAGGAGAUCAAAGCCUUGCGGACUACAACCUUGGAAAUGAGGAGGAGGAACAGCUUUUGGCUGAUGACUAUGACAGUGCAGGCCCUCAGAAUGUUCCAACUUCGAUUGGAUCCAGCUACCGUGAACCCGUUGAUAUGGGGCCACCGGAUUAUCCCAGUCAUAUAGAGUAUAAUGAACAGCCACCUAUGCAGUACCAGGCUAUAGCUGAGACGGAGUGUGUAGUGCCCAAUAUUACAGUUGACGUACCAAACACUCCGAUUCCGGAGGUGCCAACUUAUGCACCAUAUGAACCACCAGUCUAUGAGGAACAUGCUGUCCCACCUGCAAUUCCUGCAGCCCCAGUGGAAUCACCACAGAUUGUGCCAUCAGAUGUCAAUGCUCAGAUACAAAAUGGGGAUUUAGGCGGUCCCCGAGAAAGAUUUGUCUCUGAAAGACCACCAGGUGCUCAGCGCUUACCGCAAGUUAGAGAUAUACCAGAUACCUUAGAUAAGGUAGUAAUACCGCGCGGAGGUUUCCCUCGCGGAAGAACGUCGUGGCGCAACCCUCAGUACGCGCAGAGGUUCCCGCACCCAUACAGGAGGAAUAAUGUGCAUCGGGGCAACUUCAACCAGCGACCUUCAUUCCCACCCCCGCAACUAAGACCCAGCCCCCCACACAACCGACCCGAAAUUCAUCCUGACAUGAGGCCAGAAAUCCGCCCCGAAAUGCGGCCUGAUAUUCGACCUGAAAUCCGGCCUGAACUACGCCCCGAAAUGAGGCCAGAUAUGAGGCUGGAACCUCCUAAUCUCCCGCCAAUGGGGCCGGAAAUAUCACCGGAACGUCCAUUAAUGCCCCAAGACAUGCCCCCCAUGUACCGUCCACCAAUGGAACGUCCCCCAUUCAUUCCUCGAUUCCAAUUCAGACCACAUAUGGAUGAACGACCCCAAUUCGGACCAGUCAGGCCGAAUUUUGAGCCUAGGCCAGUAUUUUACAGGCCGAAUUUCCCGCCCAGGCAGUUUGCUCCCCCUAUGAGGGAGAUUGUGCCUAACGCUAGUCAUAUGCCUCAAGUGACGAUACGGCAAGCGUUGCCUUUGCCGGGGCCGAGUAUGGACAAGGUGCUCAAUGAUGGGCCCAGGGAGCCUGAAGUCAGGAUGUUACCUGUGCCUCUGCCUGCGAAUUUGCCUCCACGAGGAUUGGCAGGCAAGAAAGUGCUAAUCAAUCCACACUUCAAAGGGAAUUUCCAGCCUCCUGUUGAAGGUCCAGUAAAAGAUAUAGAUGACGCAGCGGAGCGGUUUAUAGCUGAACAACGCAAUGCUCUGGCCAGGGCCGCUGUCAGGAAGUACUCGAGGAGAUCGCCGCCGCAGAGAUACAUAGAGAACACGACGAUAGAGAUAGAGAACGAGCUGGCGGCGGGCGGGCGGCGCCGCAGUCACGACGACGACGACCUUCUGCGCAGGCAGGAGGAGUUCAUCAACGCCAACCGCGCCGGCCUCCGGAGGAGAAUGAGAUCCCCGUCUCCGGUACGUCGCUCGGUGUCCCCGCGCCGCUCCCCUGAACGCAGGCCUCGACCUGACACCGCCAGGCAUUCUGACGAGGACAGCGAGUACAAACGUCGCCUCCGUGAGCAGGAAAGUCUACGCGAGCGAGUACUGCGCGCCAAGGAGGUGCGACGCAGGAAGAAUGCGCUGCAGAGGAUACAUGGAGACCGUGAGCGUGAAAACCAAGAAAAAGAAGCUUUACUAAAGACUCCCGACCAGCCUGCACCCUCAGAGCCUGAGAAGGUGGUUUCCACAGAACCCAAUAGACCUGACACCACCCGGUCCUCUCCGGAUAAGGAACCAGCAAAGCCUGAGAUCGCCAAGGAACCCGCCAGAGACAGGUCUCCCAUCAAAGAGGAGGUCGAAGUCAAUUCUACUUGUGAAGCCCUAACCCCCCCAACCCGUGAGGUCCGCGAAGCCUUAACGCCCCCCCUACCGGCGCGACGCGGCGACAGUGAUGACGACCUGGACCUCAUACUCGGAGAUAUUGACGGAAUACUGUCCGACGAUGAAGACUCCGGACGGUUCAAGGAUAACUCUAACAAACCAGAGCCGCAGAAGUCCAAGCCUCAAAUAGACCUCCGUACGAAGCUCCCCCCCAAGUCUACCACUGAGCAGAAGAAGCAACAGAGACAGAAGAUAGUCUUUACAGAAGAUAGAGAGGAGAAACCCAAGAAAAAAGAGAAAUCUCCCCCACGUCGGGCCGUAGUCACAAGCUCGACGGUCACUGAAGAUUUCGAACCUGAAGUCAAAAAGCUUAAGAUAAAACCCAAGCAGGAAUCGAAUCCUGUCAAAUCUAGGCAGAGGAUAACUUAUGAGAAAGAGCAAGCCGACAAAGAGAAAGACGAGGACAAAAAGUCGGGCUUCCCGAACCGUCGCGUGAUACUACAGAGGAAGUCUCCGAAGGAGAAGUCGGUGUUCUCCCGCAUCGAGGUGAAGGCGGAGGUGGCGCAGGGCGCGGCCGGCAUCUUCAGCCGCGCCCUGCGCACCGCCACGGCGGGCGGCGCGCGCCCUGCCUGCGCCCCCUGCGACCUGCUCGUGGACUCCGCGUCCGACGACGAGGCGGCGCCGCCCAGCGCGGCCAGCACGGCGCGCGUGGCCAACCUGCCCCCCGGCAUCACCGACACGCGCCUCCGGACGCUCGCCGGCAACCAUCUACAGAGUUUAAUAUUGGAUAAAGAGGAACGAACAGCGAAGAUUAUAUUCAAAACGUCAGACGCAGCGGAAAACUUCAGAAAGAAAUUUAAUAACAAGAUGGUAGCCGCUAGUCGAUUAACUGUCACUUUACAUUGAACCUUAUUUUUAUGUAGAAUAGAGCUCAUUCUAACAUUGUAUAAGGUUAUCGUUUUAUGUCGAUCGAUAAUCAACUUUAUAACAAUUGGUUCAGAGUAGACUUUUUAAAUAAAAAUGUUUGUAUUAAGUAUAGGGGUGUUACAUAAUUUGGAUGUCACUACAGGAUGUUCGGAUUUUUGUGACUUUUGUUUGAUACGUUAUAUGUUAUUGCGUACUUAUAUAUUAAGUCUUUUAAUGUUUUUUUUUGUAAAAUAGACAUUUAGACUAAAGUAGCUGGAUUAUGUUGUUUAAAAUUCUAUGUUAUGCCAAUAGAGUUUAAAUUUCAAUGCUUUUGAGACGAUUUCGCUGUUUAAUAAUAACGAAGGAUAUUCAAUUUAUUGAAUUAAGCUCUUUAUUCGAAGGCAAUAAGUAUCAUAAUGCGUUGCUCGUGGAAUAUCUUCGACGCAAUUUAACCAGUAAUA